AUGGCGCAAAAGGACGCCGGCGCAGCGGCGAGCGGCGGCCGCACGGGCAAGCCGCACGCGGUGGUGGUGGUGUACCCGAUGCAGGGCCACAUCGUCCCCGAGACGCACCUCGCGCUGCGGCUGGCGGCGCGGGGCUUCGCCGUGACGGUGGUCACCACGGAGGCCGUGCACGACCAGACGGCGCGCGCCCUCGGCGUCGACCCGGCCGGGCACGACGCCUUCGCCGGCGCGCGCGCGGCGGGGAUGGACGUGCGCUGCGAGCUCGUCAGCGACGGCCUCCCGUUGGGGUUCGACCGGUCGCUGCACCACGACGAGUUCCACGGCUCGCUGCUCCACGCGCUCCCCGGCCACGUCGAGGAGCUGCUCGGCCGCGUCGUCGUCGACCCGGCCGCCACGUGCCUCGUCGCCGACACCUUCUUCUCGUGGCCGGCCACCCUGGCCAGGAAGCUCGGCGUCCCGUACGUGUCCUUCUGGACGGAGCCCGCGCUCAUCUUCAACCUCUACUACCACGUCCACCUGCUCACCGAGCAGGGCCACUUCGGAUGCAACGAGCCUCGGAAGGACACGAUCACUUACAUCCCGGGGGUGCCGGCGAUCGAGCCGCACGAGCUCACGUCGUACCUGCAGGAGACGAACGCCACCAGCGUGGUGCACCGCAUCAUCUUCAAGGCGUUCGAGCAGGCGCGCGGCGCCGACUACGUCCUGUGCAACACCGUGGAGGAGCUGGAGCCGUCCACCAUCGCCGCGCUCCGCGCCGAGAAGCCCUUCUACGCCGCGGGCCCCAUCCUCCCCGCCGGCUUCGCCCGCAGCGCCGUCGCCACCUCCAUGUGGGCCGAGUCCGACUGCUCCCGCUGGCUGGACGCGCAGCCGGCGGGGUCCGUGCUCUACAUCUCCUUCGGCAGCUACGCGCACGUCACCAGGCAGGAGCUGCGCGAGAUCGCCGGGGGAGUCCUGGCCAGCGGCGCGAGGUUCCUGUGGUGA